AUGUUCAUUUUCCUUCGCCUUCUUUCUUUCUUUCUUUCUUUCUUUCUUUCUUUCUUUCUUUCUUUCUUUCUUCUUGCCUUCACUCUCUCCUCUUUCUUUCUUUCUUUCUUUCUUUCUUUCUUUCUUUCUUUUCUCUUUUCUUUCUUAUCUUUCCUAGUGUUUCUUCCAUCCUCUCUUCACUUUCUUCUCUCUUCUUUCCUCUUUCUUUCUUCUCUCUUUCUUUCUUCUCUCUUUUAUUUACUUUCUUCUCUCUUCUCUUUCUUUUCUCUUCUCUUUCUUUUUUCUUCCCCCUUUCUGUUAGAACUAUUUUUUUCUACAUUUUCUUUUCUUUCACGUUCUAAAUCAUUUUUUAAAAUGGUUCCCCCUUGCUUCCAACCACAUUUUUCUUCUUCUUUUUUUCCGCUUUCUCUUCUCCUCCCUCCCUUUUCGUUCUGUUCUCUCCCCACUCUUUCACUUUUUUCUUCUCUUCCUUUAUACCGAUUUCCUUUUCCCUCCCUUCUCUGUCAUCUUUCCUUUCGCUUUCCCGUCUCUCUUGCAUUUUCUUCCCACUCUCUUACUUUUCUCUUGUUUUUCCUUCUCUCUCUUCCACCCUAA